UGUCGAUCAUCCGUUUCAGAUCCACCAGGGCUGUUUUUGUCAGUCUGACUGGAUACUGUCGUUGCUCUGCUUACCCGUGCAGUCGUCAUUCUUCAGUAAGACGCCUACGAAGCACACCCGGACUGUCGGUGACAUUCACCAUCAUACCACGGCUCCGAAGCCUUGUGUGGUACCAAAACUGCCCCCCACCAUUGCACAAUCGGACCCCUACGACGUAAGGGCUCGGCUGUCUUACCUUGGAUUGGGACCACAUCGACCCUACCUUCCCUAGCAUUUGUUGAAGUGUUGGUUCGGAGACCCUGAUCUUCUCCUAAUCAUCCAAGUCGGACUGCUAGCCUUACGCGUCGCUGAGAAUAACUACUUCGACUUUCCUCCACUGAUUCAAAAUUUAUUGUCAAUCUCAGAACCUCUCCCCAGUCGAACGAUUCGAACUCAAAACCAGCAUACUCUACUUCUCUCCUUCCCAAGUGCGACAUCGCCCUCUAGAAGUUCUACGAUGGACUCGCCAAACGUUGAACUAAUGUCUGCUCUAUCAUCACUAUACGAAACGGGGAAAUACUCAGAUCUAACUCUUGUUUGUGGCAUGAAAAGUUAUUCGGUGCAUCGCGCCCUCGUCUGUUCACGGUCCGAGUUCUUCGAAGGCGCCUGCCGCAAUCCUUUCCGCGAGUCGGAAUCUGGAAUUAUCGACCUGACGGAGGAUGAUCCUGAAGCUGUUGAGCAUAUGGUUAACUACUUCUACCACCUCGACUACCUGAAGAAGCCACUCUCCCACAAAUCGUCGCAACAGUCUCCUACACGAAAGUCACCCAUGUCGGCACAGCGAGCUCACUACGGAGGAUCGAAGAAGUUGGAUUUGACACUAUUAGAGGACCCACUGUUGGCGAUCAUGGCAGCUAAUACAGUGGGGGCAGCCCCUCCGUCUCCCCCAGACGAAGCGCAACACAUCCAGUUUCCUUCGGGGACCAGGAGCAGUAGCAUCAAUAACACGACUUCCACAAAAUUGCCUGAUACCCCGAUGGAAGAGCCGUUCGAUCAGAAUCCUUUCGAUGGGAAUGCCGAUCAGCCCGAGGAAAGUGUUGAGAAGGCAAAUUUGCUGCUGCAUGCGCGGGUGUAUGCAUUAGGUGAAAAAUACGGUAUCCCAGGGCUAAAGUCACUCGCACGUAACAAAUUUGCGGCCCAGAUCGAUCUUCAUCUCCAGAGUCCCGAAUUUCCAGAGGCUUGCCAAGAGGCCUAUGAGUCCACUGUCGAUUCUGACCGAGGCCUGCGCGAUGUCAUCAUCCAGGCCUUCCGUGCUCACCCCGAUCUCCCUCUUCGCCGAGAUGUCGAGCUCAUCGUACGUGAUACGCCGUCACUUGCCUUUGAACUCUUCAGAAUGGCGAGCGGCCUCCCCGUUCAUUCAUGAAACUUUGAUGAUCUCUUUGGAACCUUCGCUUCUUACCAUACAUUUUUUCUUACCCACGGCUGUGCCUUUUGUUGGACGACGUUUGCCCCAAUUCCAAAAUUCUUGUCCAUAUUGUUAUCAUUAUGAGGCAUCAUGUUCUUCUCCCUUUUUCGAAAGAUACCGACGAUCGCACGAGCAUUUCAUUCUCAUCGCUGGCUCCAUCGCUCUUACCAUCCACGGCGUUACACGGCGUCCUUGAUCUCUGUUUUUAAAAUGGUACGCAUCAUGCUACCACUUGGCAACUGUAGGAUUUAUCAAAUGGGGAAAUUUCUGCCAAUAUUGCUUUUUCAAUUCAUGCAAGACUUAGAUACCACAUUGAAUACUAGUAUUUCCC